AUGGCUAGACUUUUAGGAGAUCCUAUUCCGUCUCAUCUCCGAAGCCUCAGGCGCAAUGGGGGAAGAAACAGCGAUGGCGGUGACUCUGUGAGAACAGAAGAUUACGAGAAUCAAUUUCAUACUAUGAUGAUAAAACAGCUUGCUGGAGUGCCGAUUACUAGUUUUGAUGACGUCGCUAUUGCCAGUGAUGUGGAUUCAGUCAGAACUGGAGAGAUUCACAGAGCUAUUCAAGACAGCAUAGGUUAUUACUUUGAUGCAAUUAUGCAGCAAGGUGACUGUUUCGUGUAUUUGGUGGAGCCACUUAGUCGCGGUACCGAUGACAGUGACAGCGACUUAAAAGACAGAAGUGUCUCUGAACCUGACAUGGCUUUUCUAGCAACACUUCGAGACUUUGAGGUUGAGUCAGAUUUCCUGAACUCUAAAUUUGAUUUUACAGAUGGCUCGAAGUAUGAGAGACACAGUGAGAGUGACGUCGACUCAGAUCGCAUGGAGGAUUUUGAUAGAAAAUUCCAAGUAAUAACAACAAGGCGAAAGAAGGCUGAACAAUACGAUGAACAUGUCGAUUCAGACGAUAUUCUUAAUGCAUUGGAUCGCCUACAAGCUCUGUCACUAAUGAUGCCUGGCAAUGAGUCACACCAACUCGAUACCAUUCUUGAUGAUUCAGUUGACGAUUCGCCACCUUUAACAGAUGUUAGUGCACUGAGAACUACUUCCAAAGCAAAAACUCCAACCAAGAAAACCACAAGAAAAACAUCUCCAUCCAAGAAACCAUUAGCCAGUAAAAGUGUUGAAAAGAUGACUACCCCAAGUCAUGUUACGUCUGAGCAGCGUGCUGAACUGGCGGAGCAACUUGAUCGAAAAUAUAAAAUACAACCUGUUUUAAGUCAUCGUGAUUCUACAUCUUCCCUUGACAGUCUUGAUUGUGGCUCCAGCAUAUCAGAUGCAAGCAUGUCGGGAAGUUCCACCCCAGUUGAUGCAAAGAGUCAAAGUUUCCGUUGGAGUCGGACGGAAAGUCUUUCUGACUUUGCAAGUACAUUAAACGUUAUUGAGGAGAUGACUGAUGGAGCCUCAGUUGAUUCUGACAGACAUAAUGAUAGUCAAUCUGACACACGGAAUUGUGAAGUUCAAGCAGAUUUCACAGAAAGUGCCUUAGAAGAACUUGAAAGAUUUACAGACGAAUUCAGUGAUAAUGAGACUGCUGAAGUAUUUACAGUUGAGAGCGAGGAAAAUUUUGACAAUGUUGACUUAACGGUUGUGGUAACAGAUCACGAAAGUGUUGGGAAUGUCAAAGCGGAGAAUUUAAACUCUGAUACAUACACAAGUAAUGGUGCUUUGCAUGAAAAGUCAAAAGACAGAGAAGAGAAAAAUGUUUUAGAUACUGAAAGUAAAGAAAAGUCUACAGACCAUACAAAUAACCAAGAAAGUGCUGCAAAGGAACCAGCAAGUUUUGCAGGAUGGCAUGAUGUACGACAGGCUUCUACCACAUCACCUCAACCUCCACAAUCAUUAUUUCAACAGUUGAUAGACUUUAAUCAAAAAUCUGGGAGACAGAGACAACUAUCACCAGAGAGUUCUUUUCAACUACCGUAUGAGAACGACUUUGAUUAUAUGAUGCGUCUUGCUAGAGGAUGUUCAUCUCCUAACAGAGGACUAUUCUCGAGAACAACGAGCUUAGAUAGUAGUGUUGGUGGCAGCUCUCUGAGUGAUAUAAUUUAUGAAUCGAUGGAUCUAACCCCUACUGAAGACAUUCUUCUUAAUCUGGGGUUCGGGGGUGAAGAUUUCGCGGUACCAGAAAGGUUUAUUAAGCCAUGGCAAGAGAAGGUAUUCCAAAGUAAAUUACGCGAAGUGAAUCAGAGUUCUUUUGAAAGUGUUGAUCAGGAGGUUAUACAGGAAUCUGAUAAAAACAGCGAUGAGAACAAAGAGAAUUUACCACUGGAGACUCAAGUGGAUGGGGCUUUGAAGUCUGGAUACAAUGUUCCAGCUAUGAAGAACAAUGGAGGGGCAAGUGAAAAGAAAGUACUGUCAGAUAUUGCAUUAAAUCGAGACAGUAACAAACAAAAAACAAAAAGAAGAAAACUAAUUCGGUCAGUUACUCUUUCUUCACUAGGAUCUUCAGACAAUAUGGAUUCGCUAAAAUUACCGUCUGUUGAUUUACAAAUGAAGGCAUCCAAACUGCAUGCUAAGUCAAUGGCAAUCUUUUCUGAAAAUGAAAAUGCACAACUAGAACAAGAUAAUGUGAAGGAUCGGAGACGCAAGCAGUUAUCACGUCAGAAGUCUUUGCCGGCAUGUUUGGAGACGUUGACUGAAGAGGAUGAGGCACAGUUUGUGAAGUCUCCGAAGACGCCACAAGAGAAGAAGUUUUUUGAACUUUUGAGAAGAAUUGAUGGAGUUGAGGAUGUGAGCUUGACGACUCAGCCAGAGUGUUGUAUUGUGGAGAUGGAGGAAAAGGAAAGUGAGGAAAAUAUUCUUCCAAUUUUAGAUGCGGACCAAGAGCAAUACAUGUUAGCUGUAAAGAACCUGGUUGAAUCGAAGGAUUCAGGAUUUGAAACAACAGCAGCUGGUUCAGAUAAUGAUAAACAGGAAUCAUUUUAUGAAAAAGAAGUUUGUACACAAACAUCAGAUAGAUCUGAAUCUCCGGCUUUAAGACUUGAUUUAACUAACCUAGCUCAACGUGGUACUGAGCUUCUUUAUUCAACUAACCUGGCUCAAAGUGGUACUGAGCUUCUUUAUUCAACUAAACUUGCUCAAAGUGAUACUGAGCUUCUUGAUUUUACUAAUAUGACUAAAAAAGAUGCUGAAUGUGAGCUUCUUGAUCAAGAAGUGAUUGAGUGUUUUGCCAGUAUAUCUACCCAGACCAGUGAUGAACUUUCUUCUCCAUCACUCUCUCCAUUAUGUGGCUUUAUGCCUGUUGAGGAGUAUGUUGAUCAGGGAACAAUGAACAACACUUUGAUACUAGCUAAACAUGAAAGAUCUCUGACUGAAAAGCCUAAAGCUGACUGUCGCCAAGAGAGUCUCCAGGAAUAUGCAAGCAUGUCUAGCACAGAAACUGUAGUUGAGGUCAAGAAAAUUUCCAAACAGAAUAGUAUUAGCAAUAAACCCCUGGUUGAAGAGUCUACACCUUACAUUCAUACAGUGCAAGACACCUGUCUUGACGCGGUUUCUCAAACAGAUUUGGUUCUUCCAGCCAAUAUGAAUAUUGGAUUAUCGCUCCAUGUUAUUUCUCAGUUGAAUGAAGCUAGCACCAAUCUCACAGAUACAGUCAGCAAUUCAUCUGUGUCAAAUAAUGACAAUGACAAAUUUUAUUGUGCUAUGAUGUCUGCUAUCAACAGAGAAAUAAAAGAGAAUGACGUCAUUGCACAACAGGUUGUUCAGCAUUCCAAAUCUGCUGAUUUCAGUAAAGAAAAUAAAUUUUAUGGUGACUUUGAAAGUGAUUUUGAAACUGAAUCUGAACCAUCUCAGGUUGAUGUUUUGCAUAAAAGCAGGACUUUCCACCCUCUUGAUUUACAUAAAUGCUAUGAGACAUCAGAUAUUCAUGAAUCACCGAUAUCAAAAUAUUUGCGGAGUUUUCCUAGAGAAUUUAGAGGUGGAACAGAAACAGUAUUAAAACCAAAUGAACACAUAGAACUCAAUCCUAAUGGCAAAGUGUAUAUACUGGAAAAUAUGCAAGAUGAUGAAGUGUCAUCUAGCUGUUGCCAAGGUUACAGUACGGGUAUCAGUUGUCAGGAUUUAGAUGCAGGUGCUAUAUUCACAGGCAAUUUUAAUAUGCAAUAUAAUACUGAUGAAGGAAUGACACACAAUGAUAGCUUGGAAGGGCAGCCGGACUGCUUUUUCAGAUAUCAGAGACAUUCUGUUGACCAACUUAGAACUGAGAUUACAUUAACACAGUAUGAGGAACUUAUUGAAAGAUUUGCUGAGGAAUUAGUGGAAAACACUCUAACUAAAGUUACAGCUGAGGUGUACGAGUCUACUCAUCAAAUGAGUAAUGACCAUUUAGGAAGGAUUAUGACUGGAAGGUCCUUUUUGAAUAACUCUAAUAAUUCAAGUGGCAAUACCGUCAUUUGGUCAUCAAAUGCACAGGAGCUUCACCAGUCUCAUCAACAAGAUUCGCAGAUUGGAACAUAUUCUUCUGAACUUUUCAUAAAUGUGUUGCCUGGCAACAACAUAUCUUGUCCAAUUUUUGAGAAAGUCAAUGUCGAUGAUUUCUUGGGAAAUGUCUCUAAAGAGACUACGUCUGCUAAUUUAAGUUGUCCAGAUAGCAUUGUGAUCUCGGAAUGUCAUAAUAGAGUAGAAAGUGAUAGGAAAAAAGAUGUUGAUAGUUCUGUCUCUGGAUUAUCUUACGAGGACAUCUGUCUGAAAGCAAAAGAUCUAAUUGAUACUUUGGACCGGGCAAGUGCAAUAAUGACGGGAAGUGCUAGCCGUUCUUCUUUAGCCGAUUGCUUUAGUGACUUUGGAAGUAAUCAGGGUGAAAGUUGGGAAUCCACCUCCACUACUGGAAGUGGAGUGGAAAAAAACAGAGCACAUUACGCUGGAACACAGUUAUUUAAUGGAUCGUUUACAAAUGGUGGAAGGUACGAUGAGGAUGAUAUGGAUGGAAGCCUUGUGGAUAAGGUAGAAGCAUUGAUAAAUAGAAGAAAGAAAACACAGAUGAUGUCACCACGGUCUCUAUCUGUCAGUAUGCCCAAUGUUUCAUUGGGACACUCCAAUCUUGAUGAUCUUCUUGAUGACGACUCUGGUAUGGAAAGCAGACUGCAUGAUUUGGAAAGCGGUGUUCGGGAUGCUAGUGCCAGAAAACAGAUUGCCCUGAAGGAGCUUAGAGUCGUACAAGAAGCGUUGAAGCGAAACCGAUCAGAUGCAAAAAAUGCUGAGAAAUCAACUCAUGGUCUUUUACAGAAAACAGAAAAUCUAAAAUCUGAAUGUAUGGUGCUUGAGUUUCAGCGUGAUCAAGCCAGGCGUGAGCUGAAGGACAUGGAAGAGGAUAUUGCAAACAGAAAACAAACCAUAAGAGCCCAGCAACAACAAAAAGAAAAUUUCAGAGCUCAGCAACAACAAAAAGAGAAAGCCAAACCAAAACCGGAUGACACAGGGAUGACAGCUGCUGAGAUUUUGUCCAUUGUGAAAGAGAGAGACGACCUGAGAACCAGAGUGAGAAAUGGAGAAGCAGAGAUGUCACGUCUAGAGAGAUCUGAACUUGAAAGACAAUUGAGUGCUACAAAGGAGGAGCUCUUUAAUGAACAAAAAAAGAAUCGAGCAAAAGUAGACGCGAUGCAAGAGAUCAAAAACUUAGCAAAAAAAAUUUAA